CGUCAUACUCUAAAGGCACAUAUAGACCCGGAAGUAAACGGGAAGAGAAGUCACAGACUGAGAGGAACCGAAAUACACAAUGUUCCAUGGUAUUCCAGCAACUGCAGGCAUUACUGCUCCAGGAAAUAAACCAGAGCUAUAUGAGGAGGUGAAAUUGUACAAAAAUGCCCGGGAGAGAGAGAAGUACGAUAACAUGGCUGAAUUGUUUGCCGUUGUGAAAACUCUGCAGGCACUGGAGAAAGCUUAUAUCAAGGACUGUGUCUCCCCCAGCGAGUACACAGCCGCCUGCUCCCGCCUGCUGGUUCAGUAUAAAGCUGCUUUUAAACAGGUGCAAGGGGCAGACGUUGGUUCCAUUGAUGAAUUCUGCAGGAAAUUUAGGCUGGACUGCCCUCUUGCUAUGGAGCGCAUCAAAGAAGAUCGGCCAAUCACUAUUAAGGACGACAAGGGCAAUCUGAACCGCUGCAUUGCAGACAUUGUUUCACUUUUCAUUACGGUGAUGGACAAACUGCGUCUUGAGAUCAGAGCUAUGGACGAGAUCCAACCUGAUUUGCGCGAGUUGAUGGAGACCAUGAACAGAAUGAGCCAUCUACCCCAGGACUUUGAAGGACGAGAGAAAGUCAGUCAGUGGCUGCAGAAGCUGAGCAGCAUGUCGGCCUCUGAUGAGCUGGAUGAUUCUCAAGUGCGCCAGAUGCUUUUUGAUUUAGAGUCUGCCUACAACGCCUUCAACCGUUUUCUUCAUUCCUAACCACCACAUUAUAAGAUUUAUUGAUCUCUGUAUACUUUAGAUUAUUUAUUGUCCCUUCAUCAUGAUCCUUUUACUAUAGUAGUUAUAGGCUCUCUAGUUAGUUUUGUGUGUUUCAGGGUCAGGUAUGUCCCUCUGGUGCUGUGAGCCGGAUACACAUUGCUCAUGGUCAUGAAUUCUAAUUUCUUCUGCCUGGACCCUUUAUUUCUGUACGUUCUAAUGGUUAUUUUGUAUCAAUAAAUGUUACCCCCUGUUACAAGA